CUUCUAUUUACCUCGUGUGGCUUUCCCUCCAUUUGCGCCGUGUCGUACGGUUGGGUCGUCUGGCAAGUCCCUUGCGCAAGCAACGAAUACAUCGUAUUACAUCCAGCCACAAUUGAAACGUAUACUUACUGUCGCAAGCUACGCUGACCUACCUUACGAAAGCCUUUGGUCAAAAUGCAACAAGACGCACUUCCGAGCAGCGCGGUGACGUAGCAGCACAUUUAAGCAUGGAGUUACCUCCUCCCGAUAGCAUAGGGUGGACAUUUCGGCCAAAAUCUCUGGCCGCGCGGACGGCACUUACGAGCGCAACUCCGGAUGUCGACCACCUUCCUCAGCCUCUACCGCAUGUCCAUCCAACGGAACAGCAUCACUUAUCUCAGCACCUUGUACCUUCAUCCCAAUCAUACAUACCGGACACCGGCGCCUGGCAGGUGGCACAGGAUGACAAAGUUGCCGAUGCAGCCGAAGCCAGCGGAGCGCACCUUGCUUGGCACAAGUUACCUCCGAACACAGACAUGGACCAACUACAGCGAAGGUACUCCCAAUUACGCGAAGCCUUGGACUUGUGGCAGCGCAGAGCCUCCGGCGCCCAGCAGCAGGCGGAGUCCGCUGCUGCGCACCUGGCUGCGGCGCAGCGUGAGAACUGGCGACUGGAGACGGAGAUGAUGACGUUGCGACAGAACCUGACGCUGCUUGGAGGUAACCUGCAGGGACGUCUGUCACUGGUGCAGGGUUCCAUGGUUUCGGAGCUUCAGUCGGAGUUGGCGGGCCGGCUAGCCCAGGUAGGCGAGCUGCAGGAGGAGGUCGCAGCGCUUGCCGAGCAGCUACAGGCGGCGGAGCGGGAGGCGGCGGCGGCGGGCGCGGCGGCGGCAGCGGAACGGGAGCGGUUGGCGACGGAGCUGGGUGCCGUACGGGUCAUGGUGACGGCACGGGGGCGGGGGGCGGACGGGCUGCAGGCGCAACUGGCUCAGGUUACGGAGGCUGCAGAGCGGGAGGCAGCGGCGUUGCGAGCCGAGCUUGCAGCAGCUGUGCAGCGGGCGGAGGCAGCGGAGGCGGCGGCACGGGAGGCGGGUGCUGCGGCGGAGCAGCAGCAGCAGGCGGCGGAGGAGCUCCGGCGGCAAUUGCUGCAGGAGCAGGAGGCCAGGGAGAGGCUGGCGGCGGACCUGGAAGUGGCCCAGUGCGACCUGCGGGAUCUGCGAGCUGCUAACGAGUGCCUGGAGGCGUCACUGGACGAGCAUUUGGAGGGCACCAACGCAGGUCAGGCGGGCGGCAGUGCUGCGCUGCUGCGACUGCAUGCGGAGCUGAGGAGGGUGCAGAACGAGUCCAUGGCUGAGCGACGGUCCUUGCAGGAAGCGCUGGCAGCCGCCCAAUCAGAGGCCCGUAUGGCUGCUCACCAGGUUGCGUAUUUGAAGCAGCUGCAGGAGUUGCAACGGCCUCUGGCUUCUGGCCUGGACCGUUCGGAACCUUCACCGCCCUGGACCCAUGGGUCACAACAACAACAACAAAUGCAGCAACAGCAGCAGCCACAGGACGAGCAGAGGCAGCAGGCACUGCACGGCAAUGACCCGUUGCGCAGCAGCAUCGCUAGCAGCAGCUGCUGCGGCAGCGGCGGCACGGGGAGCUUCAGUGCGUUCAGCCACACCAGUCGUCCUUCGAGCGGAUACGGCGGUGGGUUCAGUGAUGACGGAUCACAACCACAAGGGCAGCAGCAACAUCAACAUCAACAAUUACAACACAGACAGCACUACCAGCAGCAACAGCAACAGCAGGACUCCCAGGCAACCUCCGGCGCCGCAAAGGCGAUGGCCAAAAUGGUGAAAGACUUGAAGGAACGUUUGCUGUGGGAAACAGAUCGGGCCAAUGGGCUGCAGCAGCAGGUUUCGGAGCUCGAAGCGCAGCUGCGGGCGGCAUGGGCUGCGAACAACGCCGCCGUCGCAGCUGCUGCUGCUGCUGCAAAUGAACAAGCAACAGCGGAGGCUGGGGCUGCUGCUGACGGCGUCGCUGUGGCAGCAGAAGCGGCGGAAGGCGGCAUGGGAGCAGCAGCAAGGGGUGGUUUCGGAGCAUGGGGUGGCGGCGGCGCCUGGGGUGCAGCAGGCGAGGUGCUGGCUGCUGCGCCGGCAGGCGUCGACGACGGCUUUGCUGCCUCAUCGGCUGCGGGCUCCGGCCUUUGCCAGCAGUUUGGUGGCAUGGUGGCAGCAGCAGCUGCGGAAGGGGCAGAAGCUGGUGAGGGGCUGGAGGAGGCAGGGGAGCGGGGGGAGGCUGGGCCCUCGCCUGCCUCUAUGGCACGGUCGUUAAAGCAAGCGCUGUUUGGCGACGACGAUGACGAUGACGAAGGGGACCAGGAAGCGGAGGAGGAGGAGGCGGUGGCGUAUCAUGGGGACGGAGCUGGCAGCGGCGGUGGCGGUGCAUGUGGCUUUGGCGGCGAUGGUGGGUUCGACGCAGGAGGUGGCGAUGGCGGUUAUGAUGGGCGGUUUGGCGGUGCCGGAGCCGACGGCGGCGGCGGAUGGGGCGGCGCUGUGCCGCUGGGGUCCAUGCCGCUUCCUACCACCACCGCAGACGCUGAGGUUCAGACCGACGAGCUGCCCGUGCCGCAUCCUUGCCAGCAGCAACCACACCAACCGCAGCAGCAGCAGCAGGAGCAGCGUCACGGGGAGCAGAUGGUGGGAGAGGUGGAUGAGGCCGCACAGGGCCCAGGAGCUUUCUCUUCCUCAUCCUCCUCCUCUUCUGCUGCACCUGACACUGCUUCUGCGAAUGCACUCCGGGCGGCUGCUCGCGAGAUUGAACGGCUGAGGGAGCUGAAUGCAAAGCUGUCCACAGCGGCAAAAGAUCGGCAGCAGUGUGUUCCGCUUGACGACGUGCGGGCAGCCAUGGCGGAGGUGCGGGAGCGGGCCAGACGCCAGGCGGAAGAGGAGCUGGCGUCUGCAGCUCAGCGCUACCAGGCGCUGCUGGCGGUUCACGAGGUGUUGAAGGUGGAGAUGGAGGAACUCCGAAACCAGAUGCGGACAGCCCAGGAGGAGGCGCAGGCGGCUCGUGACGUCAAGGUGGCCGAGCUGCAGCAGCAGCUGGAGGAGGCUGCGACGCAGCUGGAGGCCGCCAGAAGCCGUGCGGAACGGCUCGGAGAGCAGCUCUCACGGGUCCGAGCGGAGGCUGAAGCCGAUACGGCAGCGGCGCUCGUGGAAGCGCAUGCGGACGCAUCGGCGGCGCUCAACCGCCAGCUAACCGCCCUGCGCGCAAGGCUGGAAGAAGAACGUGUAGCGGCCCUGGAGGAGUUGAGGAUGCAGUUGGAGGCGACCCAUGGGUCGGCAGCGGCCGAGGCGGAGGCACGGCAUAUUGCAGGGCUUCAGGAGUUGCGGAAGCAGCACGAGGAGGAGCUGGAGGCGCUGAGGGCGGAGCAUAAGGGUGCCUUGGUGGCAGCGGAGGCGGAGAGGGUGAAGCAGUUGGCGGAACUAGAACAGCGGCAUGCGUCUGAGGUUUCGGAGCUGCAAGCCAAGUACGCUGCAGAGGUUUCGGAGCUCCAGGGAGGUAGUUUCGGAGCUAACGGAUUGGAGGAGAUGAAGCAACGGCAUGAGGCUGAGGUUUCGGAGCUUCAACGGCGGCUACAGGAGCUGACGCAGGAGCAUGCAGUGCAGUUGGCGGCAGCGGUAGGGCAGCAGGGUCAGGCGGUAGAGGCGGCGGUGGCGGAGGCGUGUAGGGCGGCGGCAGCAGAGAGGGAGAGGUUGGUGGAGGAGCUUCGCCGGUGCCACGAAGAAGAGAGACAGGCGCUCGAGUCCGACGUUUCGGAGCUCCGUUCGACUGUACACGAGCUGCAGGCUCAGCUGCUGAGCACAUGCACGGCCGAAGACGCUGAAGAGGCGGAGGCAGACGAGGCUGAAGGCGCGGCGCAGCUGCAUGGCAGGGGAGGGCAGCCUCCGAGCAGCAAUGACGCAGGUGGCGAACAAGACGGGUCUGGGCAGCGCUUGGAGGCGCAGUUGAUGGCAUCCCCGCCGACACCGCCGCAGCAUCACCGACAGCAGUUGGCGGCUUUAGAGGCGGUGGUACGACAACAACAGGCCGAUCUGCAGCAGCAAGCCGCCCAGCUGCAAGCCCUGCAACGACGUCACGAGCAGGAGCUAGCGCACCUCGAAAUGACCCAUGGGUCGGUCGCAGCCGAGGCUGAGGCUCGACACGCCGCAGAGGUCGAGGCCUUGAGACGGCAGCAUGCAGAGGAGUUGUCGGCGAUGCAUGCGGAACAUGAGGGAGCUUUAGCUGCGGCGGAGGCGGCGCAUGGGGAGCAUGUAGCAGCGCUAGCGCGGCAGUACGAGAUGUCGUACAAUGAGCAGCUGGCGAAGACGGCGGCGCUGCGAGAUGGGCAUCAGAAAGAGCUCCGUCGUGUCGCUGCGACGGUGAACGCUGAGGCUGCCGCGGCGGCAGCGGUGUUGCAGCAACAGAUGGAGGCGGCGGCGGCAAGGAAGGUGGCGGCGGCGGUGCAAGCCAUGCACCGGCACGAGGCGGCGGCGGCGGCAGCCGGAAGCGCCGCCGGCGUCCAUGCAUGCGCGAACAUAAGUGUCAAAAUAAGAUCAGAAGACGGGGUAGCUGCGCACGCUUUGGCGUCGGCAGCGCAGACUCAACUGCAGCAGCAGCAGCAACGCCGCCGUCGCAGCACUGGAUCUCAACCGGAUGCAGAUCUUAGAGGCGGCCCGCUGCAGCAGCAGCCACAUGGGGAGGCCUCCGGCAGCGGCGCAGCUUGGACCGGUGCAUCCUCUCGUGACGGCGCGUUGUACGACAUGUAUUCGGGAGGCGUCGUCGACCGUGAUGAUGCCGUACAGUUGGCCUCCGCUGAGGCGGCGCCGUGGCUUGCGGGACCGUCGGCAGGAGACGUUGGAGGCGUUGGGGUUGGCGUCGAUGGGCUACAGCUUCCGUUUACCGUUGCCACUAACCGUUAUUCAACGGCCGCCAUUAGCGGCGGUGGUACGGGCGACACAUUGGUUGCUAAGCAGCAGCAGCAACAUGCCAAUGUACGGCGCAGCAGUGACAGCAGUAGCAGCGCCGGCGGAGGUGGUGGCGGCGGCGGCGGCGGCAGUAGCCGUAGCAUUGACAUGUGGCUGCCCCGUCCGCCGCCACCCGAGCUCUGCUCCUCGCCAUCUUGCUGUGACGACGCCCCCGACAGUGGCGGCGGACCGGCUCAACCUGUACGACAUCUGACGUCAGCGUUAACCACUGCGGCGGCUGCACAACGCCAACUGCAACCUGCCGCCGUUGCGGCGUCCCGGCUUCAGCCACGUAUCGACGCCUCCGCCGCCACUACCGUACCACAUGGCAUCUCUUCCGGCCGCGGCUCCCUCUCCGCCCGUGGAGGCACCGCUGUUGUACAAAUCCCCAGCACCGCCUCCGCCGCUCCCGUUGCCUCCGCCGCUGCUGUUGCUCCGGUCGAUGGCAGCGGCAGCCGACGCAGCGCCGCCGCUGCUCCUCCUCCCGCGCUCAGAAACGGUGCCAACAUGCUGGAGUCGCUGGUGGACCAGUCCCUUGCGUCUUCGCGGGAGCACCUGGAACGCAGCCUAGCGCAGGAGGCCCUGGCGGCGCAGUACGCAGCAAGCGCAGCGGAGCAUGAGGCCCGACUGCACAGCCUGCGGAGCGGCCGGCUGGCGGCGGCGGUGGCGGGGCUGCGGUGUCCCGCACCCGCGCCGGCGACGGCACAGGCCAGCACGGCGCUGGCGGCGGGACGCGGCUCUGUGACGGCGGCCGCUGCAAAUGUCGUGACAGGGGGUUCGAGGGUGGUAGGCCACAAUUUGGACGCUAGGCUGUCCGCGGCCCCGCCGUUGCCGUCGGCAAGGCAGCGACCAACGGCAGCGGCGGGAGCGGCAGGCGGCGGCGGUGACGGAGGCAAAGAGUUUACCGCCGCUGAGAUGCGAACCAGCCGCCAACAGCAGCAGCAGCCAAUGUCCCUCAGCCUAGCCGACCUAAGCAGCAGCAGCUCCGCCGCCAGCAUGCCGGUCUCAGACCGCCGUCGAUUGUACGACAACAGUCAACCGCAACAACAACAACAGCUGCCGUACACCUCUCAGCGGCAUCGAGCCAGCGAGCCCGGCGGGCGGCCUGGCUCCCUUGCUGCUGCUGCUGGGGGCGUUGAAGACGGCGGCGCAGCUGCAUACCAGCGUGGCAGUGGCAGUGUGAUCAGUAAUGGUGGUGCCGUACAAGCAGGUAGUGCAGGUGUAGCGAACGGCGCCGGUAGUCGUCGCAGCAGUGCCCCGGGUGUGCCUAGUGGGCUGUCCGCCUCCACCUCUACCGCUGGUGGUGGUGGUGCUGGUGGUGCUGGUGCUGCUGGUGGUACGACUGCUGGGGCGCCGGUUGUCAGCCUUGCCAGCCUUGGCCGUGGAAGCGGGG